AUGAUUGUCUCUAUUCUCGACUAUGGGAGUGGAAAUGUACGCUCUUUAGUCAAUGCCAUUCAACAUCUUGGAUACAAGGUUGAGUGGAUUCGAAGUCCCGAAGAAAUUGCAAACGCUGAGUGCUUGAUUUUCCCUGGCGUGGGUAAUUUCGGCUUUGUGUGCGAUUCUUUAGCAAAGGAAGGAUAUCUUGAAGCAUUGCGCGAUUAUGCACUCUCUGGAAAACCUUUUAUGGCUGUCUGUGUCGGUAUACAAGCUUUGUUUGAAGGUUCAGUAGAAGCACCUGAAUCCAAGGGUCUUGGUAUCUUCCCUGGAUUGGUGCAAAAGUUCCAGAGCAAGAACAAAAGUGUCCCUCACAUUGGAUGGAAUUCCUGUGCUGUUCGUUCCAAUACCGAACAAGAACAUUAUGGCUUAAGGCCUCACGACAAAUUUUACUUUGUCCACUCCUACAUGAUCCCUACUGCCAAUUUACAACUUCCUAGCGAUUUCCAUGUCGCUACCACCCGCUAUGGCGAUGAAACGUUUGUGGGUGCUAUCAUGAAGAAGAACUUUCUUGCUACACAGUUCCACCCAGAGAAGAGUGGUGCUGCUGGUUUACGCUGCAUAGAAGCUUUCUUAUCUGGAAACUAUGAAAAAGCCAUUAGUGGCGUGGAUACUCAAUUGCUAGAAAACUCUAGCGGAGGAUUGACAAAGCGUGUCAUUGCUUGCCUUGACGUCCGUUCAAACGAUUCUGGCGAUCUCGUUGUUACCAAGGGUGACCAAUAUGACGUUCGCGAGAAAGCCGCUGCCGGUGGUGAAGUUCGCAACCUCGGUAAACCAGUUGAACUAUGCCAGCGCUACUUUGAAGAAGGGGCAGAUGAAGUUGUUUUCUUGAAUAUCACCUCUUUCCGCAACUGUCCCUUGGCAGAUGCUCCUAUGCUUCAAGUGCUUGCGAAAGCUGCCCAAACCGUUUUCGUUCCUUUAACUGUCGGUGGUGGGAUUCGUGAAAUCGUCGAUCCUGAUGGUACAGUAUACUCUGCUGUCGAAGUAGCAGGCACUUAUUUCCGUUCAGGUGCUGACAAGGUGUCCAUUGGCAGUGAUGCCGUGUAUGCCGCUGAACAAUAUUAUGCAAAUGCCCAAAAAUUAACUGGAACUACUGCUAUUGAAACCAUUUCUGCGGCGUAUGGUUGCCAGGCUGUUGUUAUUUCCAUUGAUCCCAAACGCCAGUAUGUUAAAAGCCCUGAAGAAACCAAGCAUCAUGCUAUCAAAACUCCUCAUCGCGGCCCGAAUGGGGAAGAAUAUGCUUGGUAUCAGUGUACCGUAAAGGGAGGAAGAGAAUAUCGUGAUAUAGACGUUGUUGAAUUGGCUAGAGCAUGUGAAGCUAUGGGAGCUGGCGAAGUCCUCUUGAACUGCAUGGAUCAAGAUGGUUCCAAUGCUGGAUAUGACAUUGGGUUGGUUCGUCUGGUUAAAGAAUCCGUCAAGAUUCCUGUUAUAGCUUCUAGCGGUGCAGGCGUUUCUGAGCAUUUUGAGCAAGUAUUCAAGGCAACUGAGUGUGAUGCAGCACUUGCUGCUGGCAUCUUCCAUCGCAAGACUUGUAGUAUUGAAAAUGUAAAGGAACACCUUCAAAAAUCAGACGUUCUUGUACGAUUAUAA